GACAGUCACAGUCCAGGAAACAGCCCCUGGUAAAUCACUGCUACGGUCUUUAUGGCGGGGAGAGAUGAUGCGCUCCCCCUGUUGGUCUUGCUGCUUCUCCUACAAGCGACGCAGCCUGGGGUCUCCCGGACCACGUAUGAGCCCACCUGGGAGUCGCUGGAUUCCAGGCCUCUUCCUGAUUGGUUUGAUGACGUCAAGUUUGGAAUCUUUAUCCACUGGGGAGUGUUCUCGGUGCCGAGCUAUGGCAGCGAAUGGUUUUGGUGGUAUUGGCAGGGAAGCAAGGUAGCAUCAUAUGUGAAUUUUAUGAAAAAGAAUUACCCUCCUGACUUUCAGUAUGAAGAUUUUGGACCACAGUUUACAGCAGAGUUCUAUAAUCCAUUGGAAUGGGCAGUCACACUGGCAGAAUCUGGGGCGAAGUAUGUAGUCCUAACCUCAAAGCAUCAUGAAGGUUUCACAUUGUGGGGGUCCAAAGUCUCAUGGAACUGGAAUUCUGUGGAUGUGGGUCCCAAAAGGGACCUUGUUGGUGAACUGGCUUUGGCCAUUAAGAAUACCACUAAACUGCGCUUUGGGCUAUACCACUCUCUUUUUGAGUGGUUUAAUCCCCUAUUUCUUUCUGAUAAAAGUGCCUCUUUUGCAACUCGUCAGUUUGUAGACACCAAGACUUUGCCUGAGCUGUAUGAACUUGUGACAAAAUAUCAGCCUGAAAUCCUUUGGUCUGAUGGAGAUGGUGAUGCCCCAUAUACUUACUGGAACAGCACUGGCUUCCUAGCCUGGCUCUAUAAUGAAAGCCCUGUUCGAGAUACAGUUGUGACAAAUGAUCGUUGGGGCAAUGGCUGCAUAUGCAAGCAUGGAGGCUACUACACAUGCAGUGAUCGUUACAACCCUGGGCACCUGCUAAAGCAUAAAUGGGAGAACUGCAUGACAAUUGAUAGGUACUCUUGGGGAUAUCGGAGGAAUGCUUUGAUAUCAGAAAUGCUCACUAUUGAAGAGAUUGUACGGGUGUUAGUAGAAACCGUUUCGUGUGGAGGGAAUUUGUUGAUGAAUAUUGGCCCAACUUCUGAUGGUCGAAUCCCUGUCAUAUUUGAACAGCGUCUGAAGCAGAUUGGGCAAUGGCUUAAAAUUAAUGGAGAAGCCAUUUAUAGCACAACCCCUUGGAGAGCACAGAACGAUACUGUCACUGCUGGAAUUUGGUACACAUGCAGACCUAAAGAAAAAGCCCUGUAUGCCAUAUUCCUGACUUGGCCCUCUAAGUGGGAGUUAGUCCUUGGAGAGCCUAAAGCUUUAACUGGAAAAACAGAGGUUCAUCUUUUUGGUUUCGGACAAAAAUUGAACUGGUCCUCAUUAGGAGAAAAGGGAAUUGUGGUGCAUUUGCCAGUAAUCGGCUAUUCACAGAUGGCUGCUCCUUGGGGCUGGGCCCUUAAGAUAGUUGGCUUAAAUGAAGUAGUAAAGCAAUAUAAAGGAUAAUUUUGGCUGUCAAAUGUCUAUUUUUUUUUUACUGAAAAGUCAUUCUGCUUUUUUUUCCAAGUGGCUGCUAUUACAGAUGCAAGUCUUUUAUAGUAAGUAUGUACAGCUUUUACACUUUACUGUUCAGAAGUGAUUUUGGCACAUUCUGAUCAGUUGAUAAGUGUCAGUUGGUUUGAGAUGGUGAUGUUGCCAAGAGAAACCAAUCAGCAAUUAGAUUUCAACAGUUAGAAAACAAAAGCAAAGAGCUGAAUGGUUAUUAUGAGCAACAUCACCGUAAUGUUUCACUAUACUUUUUAUAAAUAGACCCCUAAGUCUUGAGCCACUUCCAAAAUUCUGUUUUUAAAAUAUAUUUUGCUUCCUCAAAGGGUCUUGUCAUGUUAAUCAAAUAGUAAAAUUCCAAUAAAAAAAAAAAUCUUGAAUUCCAGAUUGUAAAAUAACAAAAUGUGGGAAUGCCCUGGUGGUGGGAUGCAGGUAUGCAAUGCACUGUAAUAGAAUUAAAAAUUGUUUAUGUAUUCUGGGGUGUCUGUAACAUUUUAAAAUAAACAUUCUUCAUGCUU